AUGGCGGACGCGACCAAGAACCUUACCGACACAGCCAACAAUGCAACGGGCGGCCGCGAUGGCGGACCCGGUGAGACAAUUGGCAAACUAGGCAACACUGCCACCGGCGCUGUAGCGCCCAAGAAGAAGCCGAAGAAGAAGGGCGGCAACAACAACGAAGAGGAAGACGAAGAGACCACAGAGGGUUUCGGUCUUGACAAUGGAUCGGACGUGAAGGGUAGCUUGAAGGUACACAUUAAGUUGGACCUAGAAGCGGAUAUCAAGGUUUACGCAAGGAUCAGGGGAGACAUUGCGAUUGGUAUCCUGUAA